AAACAGAAGAAGGUUUACCCUUCUUCUUCUGGAAAUCUUCUAGAAACUGGAGAGUUCGUAAUUUGUACUGAUAUAAAGACUCGAAUUUAUGGCUUUACGAUUAUCUAAAAUCGAUAAGAGGCAUUGAGCUUUGAUCGCGUGAGAGACAGUUUUCCGACUUGCAUUUCUGGGUUUGUGGAGCGAAUCGAACUGAUAGCUUAGUCAUUUGGAUUUGUGGAACCGUAAGGAGGGAUCGUUUCAGGAGGAAAUUGUAUCUAAGAACUUUCUUGUCAUCGGACUCUGUUAUUCUGAACUUAAUUGAUCUAUUGCUGCUCAAUCCCAAGAGCAAAGCAGAACUCUUCCUAGUGGGUUUAGACUCUCAAUAAAGUAGUAGAAUAUGUCGACCUUUUACAGGCCUGUGGACUUAUAUUCCUUGUCUCCUCAUCAAAGAAGUCAUAUUUCAUAUCCUAACCACUAUUAUCCAAACUGGGAAUUGGUUUCACCUCAAAUUAAUGGUGGUCCAAGCAGGCCUCCCAUGGUAAAUGAGUCUUGGCCUUGUGGUGGUGGCUAUGGUUACUUUAACCCAGCAGAUUGCCAUGGCUGCUGUGCCAAUAGCUACUUCCCUGUUUUCUAUGGUUUCAGACAUCCACACUCUCAUCAUCUGCCGCCAACAUUCCCUCAUUACUACCAUAGUCCUUACCCACCAUACCCUGAAGUCUACUCAUCUCACUAUGUUCCUCCUCCACAUUAUUCAGUUGGACAACCCAGAUACGAGUAUGAUAAGAAUAUAGCUGGAAGCCAUUGUUGUGGAUGUCCAAACCACAAAUGCAGUUCAGAAGUAGAUAGUAAUGUCAAGAUUGAAGAACAGGAGCCUGAAGUUGAGAAGGCUGAACAAAAAUCUUCUGGAGCAUACCAGAAGCCAGCUGUUUGGAUUCCCCCUGGUUACGUGAAGGAGGAAGAUGGGAGCUUGUCUUCUAAACCAGGGCCACAGGUCUGGAAUGGAUGGCUUCCAUUUGACAUGAGCAACACCAAAUCACUGAAGCAAGGUGGUGAGGAAAGAAAAGGACAAGAUGAACAAAAUGAAGAGAACAGGUCUCAUUUUCCUUAUCCUAUAAUUUGGAUGCCUGGUUAUGAAAAGCCAAAAGAAGCAGAGACAAAAGAUCUGAAGGAUGUCAGCUCUGUUACGAAAUCUCCAGAGGAGACUCCAUCAAAGCAAUAUCAGCACAAUGAAGAGAAGAAGGGUCACUUUCCUUUUCCUUUCUUUUGGAUGCCUGGUUAUGAUAAGAGACCAGAACCUGAGAUGAAGGAUCUGAAGGAGGUCAGCAAUGAUACCAAGUUUGCAGAGGAGGUGCCCUCCAAGAUCAAAACUAUCCCUGUAAAGCUUCUUCGGAAUGAUGAUCCCGGGGAGAAACCAGGAGUGGCAGAUGAAACUACUGGAUUUCAUGCAAAAGUGGCUGAGGAUGAGCUGAAAUCAAAGAGCAUCCCCGUGAAGCAAAUGGAAGAUUUUGAAGAAAAUAAGUCAUCCGGAGGAACUGGAACAGCACCCAAAAGCAUUCCUGUGAAACACAUGGAAGAGAAUGCAAACAAGUCCUCACAUGGCAGCACUAAAAGCCGAGCUGGAUCACCAAAGGCAUCCAAGCUACCUCCUGUGUGCCUGCGGGUUGAUCCAUUGCCAAGAAGGAAGAAUGGUAAUGGCAAGUCAAGGUCCCCAAGCCCUUCUGGUGAGAAGGGAAAACUGCAAAAGGAACGUGAUAGAAUGAACUUGAAUUCUUCUGACAUGGUUAAGGAAAGCCAAGACUUAAAAAUGCAGGAUCGUGGUCUGGAGAAGGUCUCAGAAGAACAGUCAGGAAAGAACGACAAGAACGCUGUCGAAAUUGAGAAAACGAGGAACGAUGUGCCUAUGGUAAUUAAGGAGGUGGCAGAGAUACCCGUCAGGGAGGUUGAAAUAGAUGAUAAAGAGCAGCAAACUGCCAAGGAAGCAGUAGAAUCGAAAACAGAAAUAUUGGAGGAUUUAAGCAAAAACAAAGUUAUUUCUGCAAGGGAAGCAGCUGUUCUAAUUCAGUCUGCCUAUCAUGGAUACGAAGUGAGAAAGUGGGAACCACUAAAGAAACUGAGGCAGGUGGGAAAGGUGCGUGACCAGGUGGAGGAGGUUAGAGAGCGUAUUCGUGCUCUGGAGUCCUCUCCUGAAUUGCAGAUGGAUAAGAAGCAGAAGCUGACCAUUGGAGAAACUAUAAUGGGUCUUCUCCUACAACUGGAUGUAAUUCAGGGCUUGCAUCCUAGCCUCAGAGACAUCAGAAAGUCUGUGGCCAGGGACCUUGUUUCUUUGCAGGAAAGACUUGAUUCUGUGGCCAGCCCAGAAUCUGAAGAAUCUAAAUUGACAAUUGAUGCACCAAUGAACAAUGCCAAACCGGUGGAUGAUAAUAUUUCCAAGACGGAUGAUAUGGGUGUGCCUCUCGGACAAAAUGAGGAAGAGAAACCAUCAGAGCUUUCAAAGGCUCCUUCUGAAGAGCCUACUUUGAAGAUGGAACAUAUUGGUUCUGACGUUGAUGAAGUUGAAGUUGGUGCAUUGAUUAAUGAAGUUUUGGCAGAAUCCAGUGCACGAUGUGAAGAGAAAGUACUAGAGCCCCCAGUGGACGACCCCAAACCGGUGGGUAAUAAUAUUUCCGAGACAGAUGAUAUGGGUGUGCCUCUCGGACAAAAUGAGGAAGAGAAACCAUCAGAGCUUUCAAAGUCUCCGUCUGAAGAGCCUACUUCGAAGAUGGAACAUACUUGUUCUGACGCCGAUGAAGCUGAGGUUGGUGCAUUGACUAAUGAAGUUUUGGCAGAUUCCAGUGCACAAUGUGAAGAAAAAGUACUAGUGCCCCCAGUGGAGGACAAGGAAGUUGAGAAAGAUUCAGAGAGAGUAUCAAUGUAUACAGCUGUGGAGCCUUGCUUGGUGAGGGAGUCGAUUGAAUCACCAGAGAUGUGGUCUGAAGAGGCAGAGUCUAAAGCUGCAGACGUGGAACCAUCAAUAGACAUGGAGGAAGAAGAAAAGUCUAAUACUGGUCCUGAGACGGUGGUGGAAAAUGAGUUGGAAUGCAGGCCACAAAGACUCGAUGAAUUUCCACUGGUUGGGGAUUCUGCGGGAGACCAACUCCAGGAGGCAAUGGAUGAUGUAAUUCAGUCAUCGACAAUGCAAGAGUUGGAGUUGCCGCUGGGAGUACUGGAAGAGACACAGAGCUCUGACUUGGAGCAGAAUGUUGAGCAUGUGGUGGUAGAAAGAUUAGAAUUUGCAGAUUCUGACUCUAAGCCAGAGCUUUACAAUUUGCAACCGUCAGCAAUGGAAUAUCUCACAGAUGAGGAGCUCAUGAAAACUCCCAAUAUAGAGGACUCCGCUCAUAAUCUCCAAGGGUUCGAGGAGAGAAAUCAAGAAGAGAAGCUAGUGGAAGAUCAAGUGGUUGCCAAUGUGGAUUCCUCACAAACUGUUAGUACCCUUCCAUCUGAUUUUACAGAUCACACGAUUGCAUCCCAAGCUGAAGGUAUGGAGGUUAUUGUGAAGGAGAGCAAGGAUGAUAUAGCCGAGACUGAAGUGCCCAAGAUUGAUGGAUGUACAGUGAAAGAGGUUGGAAAUGAUUGCUUGCGAAGUAUUCAGUUGGAAGCAAUGGAGCCAGCAGGGGAAACACCAAAUAUGAGAGAAAUGAAGGAUGGCGCUGACAGGUUGGAAACCACGACUAUCAAUGGAGUUGAUCACAAUCCCUAUGGUUCUGAAAUGGUGGAGGGGGUAGUAAUAAGCUCAGCUGCCGAAAUGGAGGGAGAAAUCACAGGCUCAGAUCCGGUUGCUCAAGUGAGUCAUGAACAGGCACCACCAAAGGUUCAGGAAGUUAUUCGGGGUGGGCAGGUACCUAAUCACAGUAAGGAUCUUGCUGAAGAUAAUGAGAAACUGAGGGAGAUGUUAGAGAAAUUAGUCGAAGCGGGUAAAGAGCAGUUAUCUGUCAUUUCAGACUUGAAUGGAAGAAUCAAAGAUUUAGAGAGGAAAUUGAAGAGCAAGAAGAAUAUGAGGAUGAGAACGAGAAAGGUUGCAGCAGUGUCUUCUUCUGCUAAACGAUCUAAUGGUCUCGGUAAAAGGAAUGAUGUAACUUGUGCUGCCUGAAUUCCACAUAAUUGUAUGGCUUUCUAUGUGUAAGUGUAUUAUUUGUCCAUGUAUUGCAAGGUUGAUGUUGUUUGAGUAGAAUAAAUAUAGCCUUAUAUUUUACUUA